CCUCUCCAUGGGAGCCUCCGCCCCGGGGCACGCUGCGGGCGAGGCGGUGGCUCCGCAGUAAGCGAUGCGGGGCUAAGAGCCCAUGUGACCAUGCGGGAGACCCGGCCGCUCCUGCUGGGUAUCUGUGGGAGCAGGUAACAUGCGAGGUGCCCGGAGGAUCAUGGACUGGUUCCUGCUCUUCGUGUGGACGUUACCUGUGGCGGUUCUCAACAGCAGCUCCAUGCAAUUCCUGACCAUCCUGUGGCUUGGCGGCAUUGCAAAGACCCUUCAGUUGUGCUGCCUCUGUUGCGUGUCUUUUGCAGCAGCUUUAACCAGUGACAGCAGCAGCAGCCUCAAUGGAGUGAAUCAUGAUUACGUAUUUGUGACACCUGUCGAAGUGGAUUCCAGUGGAUCAUACAUCUCACAUGAUGUUUUGCACAGCAUUAGGAAAAAGAGAUCAACUCACAAUUCAAAGAGUUCCUUGCACUACAAAUUUUCAGCAUUUGGACAGGAACUGCACUUAGAACUUAAACCUUCUACCAUAUUUAGCAACAACUUUAUUGUCCAGGUACUUGGAAAAGAUGGCGUCACAGAUUCUCAGGAACGUGAAGUCGAGCGGUGUUUCUAUCAGGGAUUUAUAAGGAAUGAUAACACCUCUUCAGUAGCAAUAUCUACAUGUGUAGGCUUGUCAGGUUUGAUAAGAAUGCAGGAGAACGAAUUCCUUAUAUCUCCAUUACCUCAGCACCUAGCACAGGAACACAACUACGCAUCACCUGCUGGACAUCACCCUCAUGUAUUAUAUAAACGGACAGCAGAGGAGAAAGUGCACCGGUACAAAGUAGAUUCCAAUUCCAAUCACUUUUCCCCGGGUCAUCACAGAAAUCACACACAUCACAAGUAUCAUGAUCAGGCGAAUGAUUACCACCAUGGAAGGUUUCAAAAGCAGCAUUUUUGUGGACGUCGAAAGAAAUACACACCUAAGCCACCCACCGAGGAUACAUACAUCCUAUCGGAUGAAUAUGGAAGUUCAGCAAGGUUCAAAAGAUCAGCUAUUAAAACCCAGAAAAGUGGAAGUCUGAAUGUUGAAACGCUUGUUGUGGCAGAUAAAAAAAUGUUGGAGAAGCAUGGCAAGGACAAUGUAACCACAUAUAUCUUAACAGUUAUGAACAUGGUUUCUAGUCUUUUUAAAGAUGGAACAAUUGGAAGCGACAUCAACAUCAUUGUUGUGAGCCUUCUUCUUUUGGAACAAGAGCCUGGUGGAUUAAUGAUCAACCAUCAUGCGGACCAGUCAUUAAAUAGCUUUUGUCAGUGGCAAUCUGCUCUGGUUGGAAAGAAUGGAAAGCGUCACGACCAUGCCAUCUUGCUUACAGGAUUUGAUAUCUGCUCUUGGAAAAAUGAACCCUGUGACACUUUAGGCUUUGCCCCUAUUAGUGGCAUGUGCAGUAAAUACCGUAGCUGUACCAUCAAUGAAGAUACAGGUCUUGGCUUGGCUUUUACUAUUGCCCAUGAAUCCGGACACAACUUUGGCAUGAUUCACGAUGGAGAAGGAAAUCCCUGUAGAAAAGCCGAAGGUAACAUUAUGUCUCCCACGCUUACAGGGAACAAUGGGGUGUUUUCCUGGUCUGUAUGCAGCAGGCAGUACCUCAAUAAAUUCCUCAGUACAGCUCAAGCUGCUUGCCUGAUUGAUGAACCUAAACAAACAGGACAAUAUAAAUACCCUGAUAAACUGCCAGGGCAGAUCUAUGAUGCGGAUACCCAGUGCAAAUGGCAAUUUGGAAUGAAAGCAAAACUAUGCAACCUCAGUUUUGUGAAGGAUAUAUGCAAAUCACUCUGGUGUCAUAAAGUGGGUCAUAGAUGUGAGACAAAGUUCAUGCCAGCAGCGGAAGGGACAGCUUGUGGCAUAAGUAUGUGGUGUCGAAGAGGUCAGUGUGUCAGAUAUGGAGAUCAUGGACCCAAGCCUGUUAAUGGCCAAUGGGCUGCGUGGUCUGAGUGGUCCAAGUGUUCUCGGACCUGUGGAGGUGGAGUCACCUAUCAAGAGAGACACUGCAAUAACCCAAAGCCACAGUAUGGUGGCAAGUUCUGUCAGGGCUCCAGUCGUAUUUAUCAGCUUUGCAAUAUUCAGCCAUGUCCACCCAAUAGUCUGGAUUUCCGUGCCCAGCAGUGUGCAGAAUUUAACAGCAAGCCUUUCCGUGGAUGGUACUACAGUUGGAAGCCCUAUACUAAAGUUGAAGAGGAAGAUAGAUGUAAAUUGUACUGCACAGCUGAAGACUUUGACUUUUUCUUUGCAAUGUCCAGCAAAGUGAAAGAUGGAACCUUAUGCUCCCAGAACAAAUACGAUGUUUGCAUUGAUGGAAUUUGUGAACAAGUAGGGUGUGAUCGUGGACUUGGUUCAAAAGCUGCUUUGGAUGCCUGUGGAGUUUGUAAAGGAGAUAAUUCAACGUGCAAGUUCUUUAAAGGCCAGUACUUGAUCCAGCACAAAGCUAAUGACUAUUAUCCAGUGGUCAUCAUUCCAGCAGGAGCACGUAGUAUUGAAAUCCAGGAAUUACACAUCUCCACCAGCUAUCUUGCAGUGCGCAACCUGAAUAAGAAGUAUUAUCUAACAGGGGACUGGACAAUUGACUGGCCCGGAAAGUUCUCCUUUGCUGGGACAAUUUUUGACUAUCAACGCUCUUUUAAUCAUCCAGAGAGUCUAUAUGCAGCAGGGCCAACUAAUGAGACGCUAGUCUUUGAAAUCCUGUUACAAGGCAAAAAUCCAGGUAUUGCUUGGGAAUACACAUUCCCCAAGAUCAUCAGUGAGAACAAGACAUCUGCCAAAAGACAUAGCUACUCCUGGGUGACAGUGCAGUCAGACUGCUCAGCUUCCUGUGGCGGGGGGCACAUUACAGCAAAAGCUAUUUGUUUACAAGAUCAUCGUACACGAGUUAAUUCCUCCUUUUGUGGCCCAAGGACAAAGCCUUUAACUGAAACAAAACUAUGCAAUGCUAAUCCCUGCCCAGCAUACUGGUCGACAGGUGAAUGGAGUGUAUGCAGCAAGUCUUGUGGUGGAGGGCAACAAAGUCGCCCAAUUCAAUGUGUCCAGAAGAAGACUUUUCAAAAGGAAGAGGUGGUAGCACAUUCUCUUUGUCCAGUCAGCACUCCAGCCCAAGUACAGAUAUGUAAUGCCCAAGACUGCCCACCUGAAUGGAGCCCUGGACUGUGGUCUCAGUGUUCCAAGACCUGUGGGAGAGGCAUUAAGAAACGGGAUGUCCACUGCAAAAGCACCAGCUCUUCCAAGCUGAAAAUCUUACCAGAAAGUAUGUGCAGCAGAGAUCCCAAGCCAGAAUCCCAACAGACCUGUGUACUAGGACGAUGUCCCAAAAACGAUCGGCUCCAGUGGGUGGUUUCUUCUUGGAGUGAGUGCUCAGCCUCCUGUGGCCCAGGUAUUAAAAAGCGGGAAAUGAAGUGCAGCGAGAAAAGCAUUCAUGGAAAAUGGAUCACUUUCCCUCAGCGAAGAUGUCGGAACAUAAAGAAACUAAACAUAGAACUAGAAGAAGCAUGUAACAGAGGAGUUUGUCCAUUGCAGAGGUUAUACCGCAUGGUGUCCGGAUGGUACUCCUCACCCUGGCAGCAGUGUACAGUAACAUGUGGUGGGGGAGUGCAAAUCCGGAGCGUGCAGUGCCUCCGGCAGGGGCAACCAGCAACUGGGUGUCUGCCACAUCAGAAACCAGCAGUGUCGAGAGCCUGCAAUACUAACUUCUGCCCAGCUCCAGAGAAAAAAGAUGAUCCCUCUUGUCUGGAUUUCUUCCCUUGGUGUCAUCUGGUUCCCCAGCAUGGUGUCUGCAACCACAAAUUUUAUGGCAAGCAGUGCUGUAAAUCAUGCACAAGGAAGAACUGAUUGCAAUAUUUUAUUGCAACCCUGCAAGGGUUUACAUUGAAAUUCAAUUGACUUUAAGGCAGGACCUAGUGCCACAUAAGCCACUGAUGGAAGAGAGACGUACGGCAGAGUAACUUUCUAGCGGACUAUCUGAGGUACAGUAAUUGUUAGAUAAAUGGUGAUCCAGGACUGUUUUUUUGCUGACCUCCCUAAAGUACAGAGUAGUUUGGAUCAUUUGAACACUCCCAAGCAAGGGUCAUUUCUUCCCAUCACUCUUUAAAUAUGUCAUUUUGCACUGUCAUAUGUGAUAAGGAAGAAAAUAAGGUAAGCAAUGCUCAUCUGGAUAAUUUUUCAGAAUGUGAGCAAAAGAGAUUGAGAAUUCCAUGCCGGAGGUUACAGUGUGGCAGUAGAAUAUAUCUCAGUCUAUCACCAUUGCUUCUUUUCAGUAUUUGUUAUGAUAAUGUCCGUUCAAAGUAAGGAGGAGGUUUACUACCGUUCUCAUGAGAGAGAGGUCCAUAUGGCUGUUGCUCGGAGCAUGCAAAGUGUCACGCAUCACAGGUGUUGUGAUUACAAUAAGUAAAUAGUGCACUACUAAAGUAAAUGGUGCUUCUGUAUUACACUUGCUGCUGGAAAAGCAAGUUUGGCAUCAUGCUAAUGUUUUUAUUGUUUUGAAAAAUUACACUUUCUGCUUAGUGUAGAAACUCAGAGGUGGUUAACUAGCAACUUGAAAUGUAUUCCUAGAAAUAUUCAGCCAGUAGAAUAUGUGGAACUUUUAGUAUUGCUGUGUAAUACAAGUAAAAUAGAAUUUCACAUUUUGACUAACUCAAAGAUUUAUUGAGCUCAAUGGUUAUAUUGUUUUCAACAUUCUAAGCACGUUAGGUAAGUUAUUUUAUGGUUUAAACUUGAUUUUUUUAAAUAAUAAAACUUCAAAAUAUGUUUUUCAGAAACUAAAUUGUUUAAAUGCCAAUAUGCUGAAGAAUAACUUAUUUUUAUCUCAACUUUCUCUGCAAAUUUUGGUUCAUCAGUUAGCAAAAGAGAAAUAGCAGGAAUAGGAUAGUCUGUUCAAAGAACAGACAUCACACACACUUCUCAGAAUGUUAACUCUUGAUACAUGAAAUAUCAUCAAUUGGAAAAAAUAGUAAUCUAAUCAGAAAAAUCAAAUUCAAUCAUAUUUUUAGACAUUUUGAUAAUCUUCAAAAUACACUUUUUUAGGUCAGGCUCCUUAAACAUUUUAUAGCACUUGCAAUGAUAUUUGUAGUCAUUCAGUAUCCAGCAGUCAAUAGAUAUCAUAUAUCAAAUGGUACCAUUUAAAAUGUUUCUGCAUUGGAAAAAACACCCAAUCUGUUUGCCAAAACCAUUGUAACUGAAACAGGGCUGUGUCCUACUGUAAUUUUCUGGGGAGUGGCUAUAAGGGACAUAUUUAUCUAAUUCCACCCAGUCCCACAACUUCUUUUGAUGAAUGUAGCUCAAUUUUCCUGCUUUUUAAAGUAUCAUUUCAAACUAGGAUUAGCCAUCUCAGCACUAAUGCCAGACAGUGGUCAGUUAAAAUUAGCAGUUCCUUUUGCAACAAUUUAAAUGAAAAACAUGUAUUCUCUGAUACUUUAAGAAAUGUUGAUUGGAAACAUAUCUCAAUCAGCUAGGCUCUGUCUUGAUAUUGGACUUUGUAUAAUUAUAACUUUUUUUUCUUGGAAAACUGCAAGGGUUUUUGUUUUGUUUUUAUAAUUGUGUCCUUUUAUUAUUUGAUGUAAAAUAAUUAAUUUAUUAAUGCAUAGCUUUUCCUUUAUAUUUCAUCACUUACUUCCUUAAGUAAGUGACAACAGUUCAGAAGAGAAAAUGAUAGUGUCAGAAAGUAUGGAUUAUGGUGUAAAAAAAGCAAAAAUAUAAGUGUAAUAUUUAAUUAUUUUAUAAGUUUUAUAAUAAAGUACUCUAACUGUUUCACUAUA